AUGGUGCGACCCCAAACACCGCUGCUGACCACCGCGCCAGCCGCCACACCGCCUACAGCGCAUGUGUCGCAGUCUUCGGAGCCCUGGUCCAACAUUUCCAGCGAUCAGAUCCUGUACAGCAUGUUGGCUGCGUCUUUGGUCAGUGUGCUAUUCCGCGUGAUCCUGACUGUGUUCGACGCAGCCCGCGCGACUCGAUCCACAUCCAUUCCUGAGACAGCGGGUGCAUCCGCUAAGUUUCAGUUUCUCGUUUUCGCAGCGGUGAACGUCCUACUCCAGAUAGGAGGCAGCCUUUCACAAGGACUGUUGGCCACCAAGUGGGUUCUGGCCGGUGAACAGGUUGGGCCACCUCUGGUCGCCUGCUUCUGCGUCGUGGCCGCGAGCACGGAGCUGCUGGUCUCUGCUGGUCUGGCUGCUCACAUUCGCUCCGUGCUCGUGAAGGCAGCGAUCAAGAGGCAGAUCAAAAUCAGGUUCACCUGCAUUUCCCACAUGUUUGCCACGCAAGUUGGCAAGCUUUGCAUUCUCCUGAUUGCUGUUUCCGUGCCGGUGCUGGUCUUCAGCUUGUCCGACAAGCCACUGAAGUUGGCUGGAUGGCUGGGCGCGAAUGUGGGCAUCCUCCUUUGGGCCAACUCUCAAUUCAAGAGUAUCGGUCUCAUGGACUGGGAGGUUUGGGAUGAGCUCAAACCUAUUACCCAGUCUGCAUCACGAGAGCUGACGGUUGUGGAAUUCCUCCAAGAGACUGGCCUCACGUCACCCCAGGAGGGAAGCUCCUGGUCAGACCGCUGGCGCUGCAAGCUGAACGACGAGGACGAGCUUCUGCUGCGCCACAGGCGAAGCUUAAUGCUUCAGGUCUUCCCCGGGCGCCGGUGGCUUUGCUUCGUACAUGGCUGCCUGCUGACAUUCUUCACUCUGCUGGGGUCCAUGGUUCCUGCUGUAAUGGUAUGUUACUGCCUGUCGCAAGUUCCUAAGCUCGUUCACGUUGACGUGGUCGGCGGUUGGAUGCCUGACUUUGAGCCGAAGAUGGAUCGUCACUACAUUCGCCUGGAGGAGGACUGGAAAGCAAGCCUAACAUUGAAUUUUGACUUGGAUCUUGGCCAAGCUUCAAGAUUCCUCUUCUGCCGGCCUCAAGGCGCCUGUGAGGAUUUGGAACCGCGUGAACACUCUGACCAGGUCACUUUGAGUGCCAUUAUCGACCCUACUGCGUUUGGCACCUGCAACCUUACUUUGUUUGGGAUACGUUCACGCACGUAUCACUUCACCGUGCUGGCCUUGACGCACUUAAAGGCGCAGGUGCAGCCUGCGCAGAAAGUUCGUUUUCCUGAGUACCAGGUCCAACUGCGUCACUACAGAGCUGACAUCGUCCAGUCGGCAAACAUGACUAGGCUUGGAGUGCAGGUGGCUGUCAGCUUCGACAGCGCUUUCAUGAAGAUGGAGUCCUCGGCGCAGUCGUGCCAUCCCAAAUCGAACGAGUGCAGGAUUGAAGAGGUUCAGGCCUUGCCUGACAAUCGGUUGACCGCCGGAAUCGACCUGGCAACGUCAUCAAAUCUCAGCUUGUUGAUGAAGUUGCAGCCCAAGGAGCCCACAGUCUGCGAGAACCUGACCAUCACCUACUCCGUAGAUGUGUCCGUCAUUGACAUCAAAAAGGAAUUGGAAAUCCUUGCCGAAAGCAUCUCGACGCUUCAAGCCAGGGCCGAUAGCAUGCUGGACUUUGACUCAGCAGAGUCCAAGGAAGUUGGCAAGCAACUUCAGGUGGCAAUGCAGAAGAGAGACAACAUUCUGCGGCAGGCGUAUGAGGAGAAGACUUCUGACAUGGACUAUUCGACAAGUCUGGGUAAGCUGACAUUCCUGGCAGUUGGGCUGACUGGCACCGGCAAGUCGGAGCUUUGCCGGUGGAUGACGGGCAACCUUGACAAAUGCACCCCGAGCAGCGGCACCACUUCCAAAACGAGCGAAGUGAUACGAGUGCAGAGUCUACCGUUUAAAGAUCCAAAGAUGUCCCCGAUGAUUGAGUGGAUCGAUACCCCUGGUCGUGGAGACACGCGGGGGCAAGCCGAAGAUGCUGAGCUCUGGAACAGCACGAUGCGGAAUCUUCUCAGUCAGAGCCAGAGUCGAAUCGACAAUAUAGUCUGGGUCAUGAAUGCUGCAUGGCAGCGUGGCACGGCAGACAGGAACAUGAUGCUGAGAGAGCUUCGGAAGUCCUUCGGAAUACAGCUAUAUCCACACUUAAGUAUAGUCUUGAAUUUCCUUCCACAUUCUGCUAACAAGACCCAAUUUGCUGAAGAGCUCGCGAAGCAGAAAGAGAAGUAUGCCGACUGGAUCAUGUCAGUUGAAGACGAGAUGUUCAGCUGGGGUGAGGAGGCCCGCCGCGGGGUGGAGAAGCAGGUCAAAGAUCUCGCAGUCUAUGGAGUCAGCAUCGAUCCUAAGCAUUGCCGUCUUAAGCCAGAUGGGCUGCCCCUGUCUGCCCCCUACCUCAGCAAGUUCCCUCCCUUCUCCCAUCCAGCUGGGGCAGCAGACCUCCUCCGGCUCUUCAACAGCACCCGUGAGAGGAAGGUGCGGGGAGCCCCUGGCCUGCUUGUGAACAACUCGCAUCCGCGGAUCGGUCCAGGAAUCCUGCAGUCUUUGGGUGAGAUUUCGUGCGACCUCUGCGGCUUCUACCCACAAGGAUUCGAAAGAGUCCGCAAAAUCCACACAGAGGUGCCAGGGCUCAGAUUGGUGCCAGGGCUUGUAGGGAAGAGGCUCCGUCUAAGAGGCACGGACCUAUCCAUGGACGAUGGUGCCAUCACUGUACCUCCCUCAGCAGAGUGCGGAGAUCCGGAUGCCAAGCAGUGGCCUCCGUCCUGGCCCCAGCACAUCGCCAGGCCUCACAACCUAACGUCGAACGUCAAGGCUACGCAUAUCGACGUGAUUCUCCCUGCUGGUGCGGAAGAUGCCUCGGGUAUCUCACGCAAGCUCUGCUUUUGCGAAGCACCCAACUGUAACGAGUCCUGGCGCUUCGGUCAAGGCGGUCUGGACAUCCCUCCUGGCAACUGCCCAGAGCCAUUCCACAAGUUUCGCUUCAUGAACUCUACGUAUCCACGCAUGUUUUUCGCACAGGUGGGUUCCAGAUUGGUUGGGUUGGAUGAAACUGUUGCCGAGCAGCACGCCGUCGCAGUUCCCCGCCUACUCAGCCGACCCACCAUUGCGGACAGGCUCGAAAUCGCCGGUGGACAGAGUCUCCUUGCGCAGGGCACCUGGGAACCUGUCCAGGACCCCCUCGCAAUCGGUAAGAAGGAGCUGCCUGUGAUUGACAUGACCUCAAACGAGGUGUGGGGGCUAAAGCUUGAUGAAGAUGAACUCCAUGAUUUGGGCGUGGGAGAUGGGGGACUCGGCAUUGCUAAAGCUGCUGUCAUUGAUGAUGUGGUCUACGUGCUGCUGUCCGAAGCGCAAAGGCUGCUAACAAUCGCAACUUGGACAACAGACAGCGGGUUUUUGGACUGUUAG